CUGCUUUGUUGCUAUUUCAAAACCCGUGUCUAGAGAGUCCCUUCACCUCGCUCUCUAUGGCGGACUCCUCAGGAAAUGCGCUAAAGCGCCCUCACCCACAGGAUGAUCAAGACAACACCCAAAAGAGACCUCGUUCCAAUCAUGGUUCGCCCGCGCCCGCGAAAGCAGCGCCUGCCUCGGGCAAGCUCGACAUUGAAAAGAUGGUAGCAGAAGCCAAGGCGAAAGCAGAGGCAGUGCGUGCUAGACUUCAAGCAGCGAAGGGCAUCGCGCCCUCCCCUUCGCCAGCUGCAUCGAGUCCGAGCCCAACACCACCGGCGGCCAGCUCUGCGAUGUCCAGGCUAGAACAGAUGAAAGCUCGAGUCGCUGCUGCUACCGGAAGAGCCAACGCUACAGCCCAGCAACGAAUUGUGCCUACACCUGCUCCUCAAGCCCCUCCACCCCCACCUCCUUUCGAAGACGACGAUGAUGGCUCGUCACGCGCACGCGGUGGUCUCGAUGUCGGUCUCCACCCUGCGCUGUUAUCGGAUACAAUUGAGUUUAGGGGUGGUAAAGGACGACAAUCGAUACAAUCGAAGAACCGUAAGACUGAGUCUUCGGUUACGGCAGGGCGGGCUGAUCGAGCCGGUCUUGAUCUCUCGGGGCCAUCCUUGGAGGAGAUAAAGAACAACCCAUAUUUUGAUCCGAAUCUUGGCCCCAAGGCUACGAUUGCGAAGCCACGCCAAUCCCGGCAGCUUAUCUUCAAUCAAAAAGGCAAAUAUAUACAGCAGGCGGCUGCUCUACGUCGGCAGGCUCAGCUAGAAGCUAUGAAGAAGCGGAUUGCGGAAAGAGCACGACAGGCUGGUAUCGACGAAGAUUUAGAUGUCGAGAAGGGCUUCCUAGUACCAGCUCCUCCUGCGAUUGAAUGGUGGGAUGAGGGUUUGGUGGACGGCGAGGACUACUCGGCUAUCGAAGACGAGCAGAAGCUCAAGAUUGACACUCCGGAUUCUAUCAUCACGCAAUACGUUCAACAUCCUGUCCUCCUCGAGCCUCCACAGGAGAAGCUUGUUCCACAACAAAAGCCCAUGUACCUCACACCGAAGGAACAGGCGAAGAUUCGUCGCCAGCGACGAAUGGCGGAUCUGAAGGAGCAACAAGCGAAAAUUAGGCUGGGCCUUGAGCCGGCUCCCCCACCUAAGGUUAAGAAAUCAAAUCUGAUGCGGGUGCUGGGUGAACAAGCGGUCAAAGACCCUACCGCUGUUGAAGCACGCGUCAACCGAGAGAUAGCGGAACGUAAGGAGAAGCACGAGGCUGCCAACGCAGAGCGCAAAUUGACGAAAGAGGAACGACGCGAAAAGCUCGCUCAGCAGCAAGAGGCUGAUGCGGAGCGCGGUGUGUUGAUGUCGGUCUAUCGUAUCGACACUCUCGCCAAUGGACGAAACCGUUUUAAGAUCAGCAAGAAUGCUGAACAGAAUGCCCUCACUGGGGUUUGUGUCAUGCAUCCUCGAUUCAACCUGGUCAUUGUCGAGGGAGGUGCUCAUUCGAUCAACAACUACAGGAAACUAAUGCUGAACCGUAUUGACUGGACGGAAAAUGCGGGCCCUGGAGCUGUGCGGGAGGGUAACCGCGAAGCUCAGGCAUCAUGGCUAGCUGCCGAGGACGAACAAACAGGAGAACUGAAAGAUCUUAGCCAUAAUACCUGCGAAUUGCUGUGGGAGGGUCAGGUCAAAGCCCGAGCAUUCCGGAAGUGGUUAGGUGCACGCAUUUGCGAGACAGAUACACAAGCCAAAGAUGUCUUGGCUCGAGCGAAGCUGGAGAGUUUUUGGGCGUUGGCGAAGAGUGCCAAGCAGAGCGAGUCAUAGGAAUCUUUUUUUUUUCUGGAUUUGAGAAGCACGACGCCAUGAUCUUGGAUCGUGGUGAAUCACGAAAGUGCUAUGCCAGUGACGUGUAUAAUUAGAACUCAUACCUUACUCAUGAUAUUCAGACCGAUGAAGUCUGCACACUGUAC